AUGUCUGGCUGGUUCAGUAGUAUCGAUCCUAAUAGACUGAAAGAAUUAGCCGCAAGUACCUUAAUAAAUGCACAAAAACAAAUCGACAAAGUCCUAGAUAUAAAGGACGGUACUCCUGGCUCAGAACAACAGCCAAUAGUUGGCACUAAUCUGGUAGUAAAUAGUCCUGUGCCUCCUCCAACGGCAAUAUCCACUGAGGAUUUUUUUUCGACAUUUCUCAGUAAUCCAAGACCUGCAACACCAGUCGUAGAAAACAAAAUAGAGAAAGAUACUUCAAUCGCAAAUUGGAAUUCGUGGACAGAUCAUAGCAAUGCGUCGCAAAUAAUUCCUUCGGAAUCACAGUCAGACUUAAUCUCAACUGAAGAAAAUAAAAAUGAAGACGAGAAAAUACCAACAAUAGAAUCUACUGAUAUACAAAUAUCAUUAUCUAUGCCAGAAUCUACUGGUACACAACAAGUACAGUCACCAUCGUUAACAUCGAAUUCUGUUGAAAUACAACAAGUACCAUCAUCAACAUCAUUAACUGAAUCAUCAACUAUAACAGAAAGUUCUAGUAGUGACAGUGCUAAUUCAUUGCAGCCAGCAUUAAGUCUUCCAUCAUCUGAAUCGACUCUGAUUGAUCCAGUGAUGGAGACUAUGCUUGAUGAAAAAUCAUUAUUUAUAAAUGACGAAAAUGAAAAUGUACAAUCUGAAACCAUUCAAUCGUUAACAUCCGAUAAACGUGGUGUGAUUGAUUCUUGGAUAAAUAACCGAGACAACGAUACAACAGAAAGCAACGGUGAACAAUCAUCAUUUGAUAAAAAUGACAAUGACUCCUCAUCUCUAUUGUAUACAUCAUCAUAUCCACCGAAUAAUUUUUCAACAGCAUCAAUCAUUGAUGAUGAUUUAACAUCAACAUCUGUUAUAACAACAGUUCAUGAUAAAGAACAACCAUUAGAAACUGUUUCAACAGACGAAGAAGAUACCAACGCAUUCGUGGAACAAUCAAACUCGCCGACUCACACAAUAUCAUCAUCGAAUGGACACGAUACAAAUAGCAAAGCAUCAUCAGAUGAUGGUAAACAAACAUCAUGUGCAUCGUCAGACAUUGAAAUAAUAUCAUGUCCAAGUGUUACUGGCGGCUUACCUCAAAGUACAACAGAAACAUUUGAUAAAUGUCGAGAAUUACGCGAUGCUCGACGACCUGUUGUACGCGAGGUCGUUGUUCGUUUUCCAACGCAUUCAACCAAUUUGAAAUAUCAUCAUCGGUUACCUAUGGACAAUAUUGAUAAGAGUACUUCAUCGAAUUUCGAUGCACCAUCAUGGUCAACACUAAUCGAUGAAGCAGCUACCGAAAAGAAUCACUAUCAAAAUCCAAAUGAAGAGAAUGACGACGAUCAGCAAAAGUUUUUUACGUCCGAAACUUCGAAAGAAGUAGGCGAAUUAAAAGAACGUCUUGAAUUACGUGACCAAGCUUUUAAAAAACUAACAGAUGAAUCUGAUGAAUUACAUCGAACCAAUCAAUCAUUGAAACAAUCAUUAACAGAAUUAGAACAACGUUCAUCGCGUUUGACAAAUGAAUUUCAACAAACAAUUGAAAAUCUCUCGAUGAAAAUUGAAGAACAGAAAAAUGUUGCACAAGAACGUGAUCGACUUCGCAAGCAACUUGAUACAUUACAAAAACAACUAUUUGAAAAUUCAACAUCAUCUGGUAAUGCAAUGGCUGUAUUACGUGAGAAAGAAGAACAAAUACAACAAUUACUAGAAGAAGGUGACAAAUUAUCAAAAACUCAACUACAACAUACAAAUAUAAUAAAAAAACUACGAAGUAAAGAAAAAGAAAAUGAAACUCAAAUAACGUCACUUAACGUUCGUAUCGAUAAAUUGACAACCGAAUUAGAUGAAGCAAAGAAAAAUUUACAGGAAAAAGAAGAAAAUGAAAAACAAUCGAAAGAAAUCCUUAAGAAGCUUGAAAAAUCUGCAAUACAUUAUGAGAAGGAAUGCCUAUCAAUAAAAUCAUUAUAUGAAGAUGCUGAAGAGCAAAUUCGUAGUACAAAAGUUGCACUUGAAAAUUCUUACAAAGAAAUAUCCGAAUUAAAUAAAACAAAAGCAGCAACAGAAAGUAAAGUCGUUGAAGCCACAUUGUCAGCGGAAAUAUUACUGAAAGAAGAAAUUCGUUUGGCUCUUGACAAAGAACGCAUACUAUCAAGACAAGAACAAGAAAAAUUACAAAUGACAAUCGACGAAUUGAGACAUUCUAUUCAACGUAGCGAAGCUCAAUUGAGUCGAAAAGAACACAUGCUACGACAAGAAAUUAAUGACCUCCGUCAAAGACUUCAAGAAGCCGAAUCAAGAAAUGAAGAAUUGACACAGAAUAUUUCCAAUGCUACACGUCCACUUCUUCGACAAAUCGAAAAUCUACAAACAACAUAUGUAACACAAAUAAAUUCUCUUGAAAAAACAGAACGUCAAUUAACUGAUCGUCUCGCUGAAAUGCAAGCACACUAUGCCAUAAGUGUUGAACAUGAACGUGUAGCCAAUGAAACAUUAUUAGAAGCGAAUGCUAAAUGGAAAUUAGCUGAAGCACAACUGUCAACAUUUAAACAAGAUAAAACACGUUUAACUUCCGAAGUUGAUAUUCUUAAAAUGAAAAUCACAAAUUUCGAAGAUUCUAAGCAAAGAGAAAAACAUCAAAUUGAUACAAUGCAGGAAGCAUUUACUCAACAAAUCAAUAGCCUCAUACAAGAAAAACGACAACUUGAAAUGGAUGCUGAGCUUGAAAAAUCAAGAUAUGAUAGCGAUUUAAAACGAUUACAAAUUGUUAAUGAUGCAUUAAAAGAACAACAAAAUCUAUUCGACACAACUUCAAUGAGCCGUUCCAGUUCAACUCUUGAAUCAACACUUCAACAACAACGUAGUCGACGUUCAUCUGGUGGACAUGACACACCAUUAUCAUUCGCAUUUGAACGUUCUCCAUUUGCUUUAACACCGAAACCAAGUGUAUACGAAACUUUAAGAAAUACAGGUGCUAUAGCUGUACUUGAAAGUUUGGAAGCACAAUUAAAAGAGAAGGAAGGAGAAAUAACGUUGUUACAAAGUGAAAUUUCAGAUUUAGAACGUACACGAGAAUCAAUGGCGCGUGAAUUAGUUAACCUAUCGAAUUUAAAUGAAAAACUACAGCAACAAACAAAAAAUUAUCCAGUACUUACUGAACAGUAUAAAGAUUUAGAAAAACGAUAUGAUGCUCUUUUGACGAUGUAUGGAGAAAAACAAGAAGAAGCUGAAGAACUAAAACUUGAUCUAGUAGAUGUUAAAACACUUUACCGAGCCCAGAUGUCAUUACCAGAUAGUUAUUCAUCACGUUUAUCGAUUUAUUCGUCAUUAGAAAAACUUUUUUCUCCAAAUCCUACAAUACCGUAUCCAUCUCAUGUUUACGUACAUGGAAAUAAUAAUACAGGCAAAUCAACCAUUGUUAAACAUGCACUGGAUAAACAUAAUCAUUCCGCUUUAUGGUUUGAUUGUCGUGAAAUACAUUCAUUGAAUAUGUUUUAUCAUACAUUUAUAUCAUUAUUGUCCACAGAUUCAAUUCCAUCAAUGAAAAACUUCAAUGAUUUUGUACGAGUAUUACGUGACUUAUCGAUUCAAGAUGUAAACAACGUUAAAAAGAAAAAAACGAAACAACACUAUUUUGUUGUACUUCAUCAUAUUGAACUAUUAUUAAAUUAUGAUACAACAGGAUAUUUACUUUAUCUUCUAUUUAAAUUAAAUGAAUUAACAUUAGGACAUUUUCAUCAUACACUUAUAUUAAUUGGUCAUCAACAAUUUUAUCAACUACCACCAAUGAAACAAAUUGAGGCAGAAUUGGGUGUACUAUUACCUACAACUAUAUUUGUACCGGCUUAUACUCGUACAGAAAUUGUAGUAAUAUUACAAAAUAUCUUAACACAGCAACAAGAUAUACUUCCAUCUUCUUUUGGUCAAUUGCAAAUUAUAAUUGAAUUAGCAUUACAAGUAUUUUAUACUGUAACAAAUGAUCUUGUCGAACUGAAAGAUAUGUCAACGAUGUGCAUAAAAGAUUUUCUUCGUAAUAAUGCAAGAAAACAAGCGAACGAUGAUGGAAGCAACAAUGAUUACCGAUUGCUUUAUCAAAAAGAAUUUUUCAUGCAGGUUCUCAAUUCUGUCUAUACACGUUCAAUGAGUAUUCCACAAUUUCUUGAUACACAUACAGCUGACGAAGAAAAAACUGAUAAUUCAUCUCAUAUCGCUACUGUUAAUAAUAGCAAUGGACGUGAUCUUCCAUUAUCGGCGAAAUUUCUCUUGAUUGCCAUCUAUUUAGCAACACAAAAUCCGAUAAAAUAUGAUCACAUGUUAUAUGAUAAACAAAGUCAAGGUAAAAAGAGUCGACGAGGUAAAAUCAUGCAUAAACGAACACAACUCGAAUCGUCAAAACUCGAAUAUUUACCAUUAUCAUCAAACAAGCCGAUAGCACUCAAUCGUCUAUUUGCUAUUCAUUCUUCAUUAAUAGGUGAUACUGUUCCAUUGACAACUCAAAUCUACACUCAACUAGCUUUAUUAACAUCGAUGCGUUUAAUUGAACUUGUCGGAGGUUCAAAUGAAACUGGUACUAUUAAUUUGAACGAACCAAAAUAUCGGUGUACAAGUUCAAGUGAUUAUGUUCGACGAUUAGCUUCUUCAAUUGACUUCAAAAUCGAUGACCUCAUUCUUGUCUAA